CCCCCCAGACCAGGACACGGCCAAACCUGCUGCGCCACCGCGCCCCCAAUAACAUCCUGAAGUAAUUCUGUUUCAUGGAAAGUGUUAUCUUUCUCCUCCGCCGUGCUGAAAUUCAAGAUUAAUGUUAAAUAAUGACGUAAACUUAUAUAAUAAGUCAACUCAUAUAAGUUGUGAUAUAUUUCUAACACUGUUUUCCGUAUCGUAUAAUGUUCUUUUUAAUCAUGUUUAAAUAAAAUACUGUAACGACCCGCCUUACUGUUCGUACACUUAGAAUACGCAAAUAGACCUGUCACUCCGACUGUGGACAAAGGAGACAGGAAGGUUUCCGCUGCACAAACACGCAUUUUUACUUUUCAACUAGAUUAAAGAUAAUAAGUUAUAAGUAUUUUAAAACAUCAUUCAUUUAAUGAAAUAAUACAAAGUCGCACUGGGCCCCCGUUUUCACACGAGCCUGUGUUUCACGCCGGACAACAAGAGCACGCACAGCGGAGGCUCGGGAAGUUCUGUGUGAGAGCGGCUGUUUGUCCAGUGUGGUUGGGGCGCGUAUGUUGUGUUGGAGAAAAAAGUAAAAUUAAUAAGACGAAUGAGCCGCCUGGUAAGGUUGCUGCUGCUCUCCACCGCUGUUUUGCUGUGCACUUCAGCAGACGAUGACGGCACGGUGCUCGUACCCGGGGGCGCGUUCAGGAUGGGCACGAACGAGCCCAACGGCAGGGAUGGAGAGUCACCUGCUCGGGAUGUUUCUGUAGCUCCUUUCACGAUCGACAUCCACCCGGUGACUAAUUGGCACUUCCGGGAGUUUGUACGUGCCCAGAAAUAUAAAACCGAGGCUGAGGCGUUUGGAUGGAGUUUUGUAUUCCAGGAUUUUGUAUCCGACGAGCUGAAGAACAAAGUAACCCAGAAGAUUGAGUCUGCACCUUGGUGGGUACCAAUUGAAAAGGCGUACUGGAGACAGCCUGCUGGUCCUGGCUCAGGUAUUGGGGAAAAGCUGGAUGCACCUGUAGUGCAGGUGAGCUGGAAUGAUGCCCAGGCCUUUUGCAAGUGGAGGGGGAAGAGGCUCCCAUCUGAGGAGGAGUGGGAGUUUGCUGCCAGGGGAGGGCUGGAAGGCAGAAUGUAUCCAUGGGGCAACAAGUUUCUGGCAAACCGCACCAAUCUGUGGCAGGGUAAAUUCCCAGAGAAGGACACUGCAGAAGAUGGGUAUCAUGGAAUCUCGCCAGUCAAGGCAUUCCCUCCACAGAAUAACUAUGGCCUGUAUGACAUGAUGGGUAAUACCUGGGAGUGGACCUCCACUCGUUUCCCUGGGGCGCAGAUCAUGUAUGUCCUUCGGGGUGCCUCCUGGAUUGAUACUGCUGAUGGAUCUGCCAAUCACAGAGCCCGUGUCACUACUAGAAUGGGGAACACACCAGACUCUGCAUCUGACAACCUGGGCUUCCGGUGUGCAGCCAGUGCCCCAAGACCACAGAAGAACAUAGAGCUCUAAGGGCACCUAUGUCCUGACCACCAUGGAAGUAGUUACAAGAGGAACAAACUGGCAUUCUCCUGUGGAGAAAUGGCUUUGUAGUGAUUUAUACUUUGUGUUUUCCUUUUUGAUAAUUUUCUAAGGAAUACUGUGAAAUAAACCUACACCAUUUUUA